GUUAUUCUCAUUUGCCGAUCAAAUUGCAAAGAUGGAAGCUAGUAUAUUUUCACCAAGUUUAAUAAAAGGGUUGACCGACAAGAUAUACGAUCGCAGAAAAGCAGCAGCCUUGGAAAUAGAAAAGCUUGUUCGUGACAAUGAAAAAUCAAAAGAACGAAUCACACAGAUUGUGGACGCUCUUGUUCAAGAGUUUGUUUAUUCUAACAAUCCUUACGCUCGGUACGGUGGACUUAUAGGUUUAGCAGCAACCUCUAUAGCCUUAGGACCUGGUGUUUCAAGAUAUCUAGAUAUUAUUGUUCCACCUAUUUUGUCGUGUUUUAAUAAUCAAGAUCAGAAAGUAAGAUACUAUGCUUGUGAGAGCAUGUACAAUAUUGCCAAGGUAGCAAAAGGAGAAGUGUUGAGAUACUUUAAUAGUAUAUUCGACGCUUUAUGCAAAUUGUCGGCUGAUUCUGAAAUCAGCGUGAAAAAUGGAGCUGAAUUGUUAGAUCGUUUGAUUAAGGACAUUGUAUCUGAACUUUCAACAACCUACGUAUCUCGCUAUGUAGAACCUUUCAAUACAAUUGAAGCCGGAGGAGCUGAAUUGAAAACACCAUCCUCUUUACCUAGAAAUACUGCUUUUUCUUUACCGAGAUUUAUACCCUUAUUGAGUCAACGUAUAUACGUGCGUAAUUCGGCCGCAAGGCAAUUUUUAGUUUCUUGGAUGUGCGUUUUGGAUUCGAUCCCAGAUCUGGAAUUGAUCUCGUUUUUACCCGAAUUUUUGGAUGGCUUGAUCCGCUGCUUAAACGAUGUUAGUAAAGAUGUACGUGUAGCUACAAGCGGACUUUUGCAAGAUUUCUUGGACGAAAUUAAAGAAGCUGCCGCUGUUCAAUUAAUGCAGUCAGAUGUAAAAAAUGAAAUAAACGUGGAGGAGCAAAAGGAACCAAACCAAGAUGAUAAUACGCAGGAUACCACUGAAGAAAUUGUAGCAGAUACUGAAGAGAAAGAAAAAGCAGAAGAAAAGAAGGAAGAAAAAGAGAUUAAGGAAGUAAAGGACGUAAAGGAAGAAAAUGAAGUUGAAAGAACCGAUAUCGAGGAAGAAGAGAAACUUGGAGCGGAAAAUGAUGGUCACGGUAAAGGAACCUAUGUACCUGGUCAAGGUGUGAUUGUGCAGUAUGGUAAAAUUGUGCAGAUUUUAGUACCUCAUCUGUCCUCUUCUGAACAAGAAAUCCAAAAAACUGCCUUGUUGUGGAUCAACGCAUUCAUUGAAAUUGCAAAGGAUGUCAUCAUCUCUUUUACGCCCGAAAUUAUCAAGGCUGUAUUGCCUUCUUUGGCGCAUCCUGUUUCUGAUAUUAGCAUUAUCGCACAUGAAACAAAUAGAAAUCUUCAGAAAUUAGUUUUGGAAACGCCUAUUCAUGUGCCUGAACCCACAGCAAGUAAAAGUGAUCCUUCUGGUGGUGUUCAAAAGCCUUUACUACAAUCAAAGCACGCCCAUAUUACGAAUGGCCGAGAUCCGUUUGACUACUUGACUACCGUAGCCAAUUUAAGAUUACAAUUUUUAAAUCAACAUGAAGAAACUCGCGUAGCGAGCUUAGAUUGGCUUUUAAUGCUUCACAAAAAAGCACCCAAUAAGAUUUUAGCGUCUGACGACGGCACAUUCCCAGCACUUUUGAAAACUCUUUCUGAUUCAUCAGAAGAAGUUGUUCGUCGAGAUUUACAACUUUUGGCACAGAUAUCAUCUUACUCUGAUCAGGAUUACUUCCGUAGUUUUAUCAUGUCCUUGUUAUCUUUAUUCAGCACAGAUAGGCGUCUAUUAGAAACAAGAGGAAGUUUGAUUAUUCGCCAAUUAUGUAUGAGCUUGGAUCCAGAACGCAUCUAUUGUGCUAUUGCUGACAUAUUAGAGCAGGACGAAGAUUUGGAGUUCGCCAGUAUCAUGAUCCAAAACCUUAAUAUUAUCUUAAUCACGUCUUCUGAAUUAGCCAAUUUACGUAAGCGACUUCGUAAUUUAGACCAUAAAGAAAACCAAAGACUCUUUAAUACCUUGUACCGAUCGUGGUGUCACAACGCCGUGUCUGCUUUUUCACUUUGUUUGCUGUCUCAGGUCUAUGAGCAUGCUGCAAACAUGCUUCAAAUAUUUGCUGAACUAGAAAUAACCGUCAACAUGUUAAUUCAAGUAGAUAAGCUUGUCCAAUUAUUAGAAUCGCCCGUAUUUACAUACCUUCGUCUUCAGCUCCUUGAACCCGAAAAGUAUCCCUAUUUAUUUAAAUGUCUUUACGGCAUUCUGAUGCUACUGCCUCAAUCAUCGGCCUUUUCUACCCUCCGUAACAGAUUAAACAGUGUAUCUUCACUUGGUUUUCUACAUGUCUUGCCAAAGAGCUCUUCUAGUGCCUCUGGCGGGACCGUGAGUACAACCUCAACUGACAAUAAAAAAUCUAACAUAACCUCUGCCUCAAAGAGUACGAAAGUUGAAGAAACCAAUACCAUUAAAUACCAGGAACUUUUGCAACAAUUUAAGUCAGUUCAAUCGAGACAUGAAAAACAAAGAAGGCAAUCAAUGCAAAAUGUUUCACGCUUUACUUUACCAAAUACCGCACUCGCUAACAGAACAAGAAGGCCACGACUAGGUUAUGGUGAGGGCAGCUUAUCGCCGAAUCAAAGUCAACAGCAACUCUUCUCUUCAGGUCAUGAAAAUAACAAAGGGCUAGGCAUUAGUAAUAACGGUAAUAGCAAUCUCCCUUCUGCAACAGGUGGGAUUCGUAGCGGCAUGGCAAGUUUAGGAUUGACUCCCUCAGGUGGGUCUUCCUCAAACAAUGAAAAUACUUCGUCAUCCACCGAUCGCUCUAAUGGAGGGGCAAGCAACACUGCAAACAAUAGCAGCGGAACGAAUAACAGUACUUCACGCAUGGUUGGCCGAAGAACUCGAAGAGUUUAAUUCUCGAAUAUGUAUUUAUCCAUUUAUUAUUAAUUAAUAAACGGCUAGAAAAAUUGUAUUAAGACAAGUCUUUAUGCCAGAUAACUUGUUUAUACUAUGUAUUACAUGUUAGAAC